AUGAGCCGACACGCCUACGCCUACCCCCAGGCCGCCGUGCCCACGCAGAGAUACUCGAGCACAAGCUCCGCCUUCAGCCCCAGCGCAAACCCCAACGAGGACUGGACCAAGAUCUCCGACCUUGCCGAGCGCAGGCGGAUACAGAACCGCAUUGCCCAGCGCAACUACCGCAAGAAGCUCAAGAAGAGGCUCGAGGACCUCGAGCGCCGCGCCGCCUCCAGUUCCGCCUCGCCUGAGCAGCGCCCGGCCGAGCUCGACCGUUCACAUGCUCAGCCUCGCGACCAUUCCGCGCCGGUGAGCUCGGCGGACCAGUCCGACUACAGCCGCCGCAGCCCCGACAUGCAGCAGCAGCAGCACUUCCUCCAGCCGCACGACGACCGCAACAUGUUCUCCUACCAGAACACUCGCCAGAUCUCGACUUCUCCGCCUCCCUUCACUGCAUACUCGACCUACCCUGCCCCGGACGCGGUUUCGUACGCCUACUCGCAAACGCCCUACCACGCCAUGCCCGCGACGACGGCGGAGAUGCAGAUGCCUUACACGCCCUACCUUCCGCCCAUCUCGUCCACCGUCUACCCCGGAACGCUCCCAAGCAUCGUGCCGGCCAAGCAGGACUUCUACAGCGAGGACGAGAUCAGCCCGUUCAGCAUGAACUACGCAUCGCUAACGGGCAUCAACAUCCCCGUGUCGACGCACCCGUACCAGGAUUCAAACGCUCAAGUAAUACACCCUCUCCAUCAGUUCAAACGCCAGUAG